AUGAAACUCCAGUCUUGCGCAUAUCUAGGAUGGGGCCUUGCCCUUGCGGCCUCAUCUGCCGUUGCGCUAUCAGUGCGCAACACCAACAAAGCUCCCUCGCAAAGCGUGCGUGAACGAGCAAGUCUCAAUCACCAAUGGAAAUUCUGGCACUCCGAGCAGAUCCCAGACAAUAUUGUCUACGACCUUCGUCCCGACGCGAACGAUUCCAGUUUUCAAGUAUUAAAGUCCUGGGUCCUGCCCGUUGGCAACGACUAUAUCAAGAACGCCAAUGCACAACAUGAACGCCCAUCUACCGAACCGGAUGGCGACAUUCCAUAUGUGCAUAAUGAUUUUGACGACAGUAGUUGGGAUGUCGUGCGUCUGCCUCAUGACUGGGCUAUCACUAGACCAUUUUAUACAGACGACGACCCCGAGAUACCUUCAGCUAUGGGUCGACUUCCAGUGCAGGGGGUGGGGUGGUAUCGGCGCAAGCUGAACUUUACACAAGAAGACAGUGAUAAAGUGGUCUUGUUGGAGAUCGACGGUGCUAUGUCUUAUCCCAUGGUUUGGCUCAAUGGCCAUCUGGUUGGCGGUUGGCCAUAUGGAUACAAUUCGUUUCAGCUUGAUCUCACUCCAUACCUGCAGCAAGGGGAAGAGAACCAGCUUGCUAUCCGUGUGGAGAAUCCAUCUGGGAGCUCGUCAAGGUGGUAUCCUGGUGGGGGAAUUUACCGCAACGUGUGGCUGACCAAGGUUAAUCCUACACAUGUUGCUCAUUACGGGACAAAGAUGACGACGAGGGAUGUUUCCAGCCGGAGAGCAACAAUCGAUUUCCAGGUGCAGAUCGAGAACAAGGGUCAGAAAAGACAGAGGGUAGAGGUCGCUACGGAGAUCUUUGACCUUGACUCUGCGAAUGGCCAUGUGCGCGGUCGAAAAGUCGAACAAUUCCCCAGGCAUAAGGUUAUCGUUGACAAGGACAAUCCCCGCCUAUGGGGACCUCCACCGGAUCAGACCCCCAAUCUGUAUAUUGCCGUCACUUCUUUAUACGACGCAAGUGGCCACCUACUCGAUACCUACAGCACCGAAUUCGGAGUUCGUUCGGUAGAGUACAAUCCGAACACCGGCCUCUCAGUUAACGGCGCGCCAGUACGUAUCCAAGGCGUCAACCAGCAUCAUGACCUAGGUGCUUUAGGAGCGGCGUUCAACAGGAGAGCCGCACAGCGGCAACUGGAGCUACUGUGUGAUCUCGGCGUCAAUGCAAUCAGGACAGCACAUAACCCCCCGGCACCCGAGCUCCUAGAAAUGACGGACCGGAUGGGCUUCCUAGUCCUCGAUGAGAUCUUUGAUUCCUGGGCACAGCAGAAGACUGACCUGGAUUUUCAUUUGAUAUUCAACGACUGGCGCGAGCCAGAUCUACGAUCCUUUCUACGUCGAGAUCGCAACCACCCCUCCGUCAUAAUUUGGAGUAUUGGGAACGAAGUCGCAGAGCAAUCGGCCGACGAUACAGCCGCAGCCAUUGCGACCUACCUCCGGGAUAUUGUAAGAGAAGAAGACAACACCCGACCAGUCACGGCGUCGAUGAACAGUGCAUGGCCCAAUUCGUCCUUCGCGGGUGUGGUUGAUCUCAUCAGCCUUAAUUACCAAGGCGAAGGUUUACGAUACGGCCCGGCCUAUUCACACCUAGAGGGAAACAGAAGGGACCCGCAGUACAGUGAGUUCCAUGUAACGCAUCCCGACAAACUCAUCCUGGGGAGCGAGGUCGCCUGGUCGCUCAGCACCCGUGGAACGUUCCUAUUCCCCGUUACAAACUACACCAGUGCGCCUGUUAAUGACACCUCCGGUGGAAACUCGACCACGCUCGAGAUUUCCGCAUAUGAACUCUACUCAUCCGACCCCGGCUCAUCACCCGACCGCGUCUUCGCCACUCAGGACGAGCACCCCUUCGUCGAUGGCGGGUUUGUCUGGGCCGGAUGGGACUACCUGGGUGAGCCGUAUCCAUACUAUGACGGCGCAAGAAGCGCAUACUCAGGGAUAAUUGACCUUGCGGGGUUCAAGAAGGAGCGCUUCUACCUGUACCAGGCACGGUGGCAGCCGGAUGUCCGUAUGGCGCAUAUUGUGCCGCAUUGGAGCUGGCCGGAAAGAGUUGGACAGGUUACGCCGGUUCAUGUCUUUACCUCUGGUGACGAGGCAGAGCUCUUUGUCAAUGGGGUGUCGCAGGGGAGGCUCAAGAGAGACCCCCUGACAUAUCGAUUUAGAUGGGACGAGGUCGUCUAUGAACCUGGCGAGGUGCAAGUCGUCGCCUAUAAGAACGGCAGCAAGUGGGCAACAGAUACCGUAAAGACAGCCGGCGAACCAACACAACUCCGUCUCACUCCUGACCGAGCCCAGAUAGCUGCUGACGGCGAGGACCUCUCCUUCGUGACGCUGGAAGUUCUCGACGGCAAGGGCAAUGUCGUACCUGAAGCGAAGAACCUAAUCCACUUUGAAGUCUCUGGCCCAGGAGAGAUAGUCGCUACAGAUAAUGGCUUUCCUGCUGACUACACGGCUUUCCCGUCCCACGAACGGACGGCCUUUCACGGGUUGGCUUUGUGUAUCGUGAAAGGGGAGCUUGGUACACAUGGGGAUAUUGUGCUUAAGGCAUCAAGUAAUGGGGUCGGAGAGGCGGAGGUGGUAAUCAAGGCUUCGCGAGGUAUGCCAUGA